UUUUUUUUUUUGUAGACGCGGGAACAUGUUGAGUUGCAGGACUGUUGCAAUCAAGGGGACUCUGCAGGUCACCAGAUCGCUGGUGGAGUCUAUUUUCGAGGCCGACGAUGAAGUGCUGCGGGUGACCAACGUCUACAGGGGUGGCGGAGAGUCAGGGACCAUCCACGAGCUCGCGGAAAUGGCACCCGGAUUUCAGACAUCCGCCUGGUUGGACGCCCUCAACAACGUGACGCGCCCUUACUUCAAGGUCCGUGGAAGUGACGUCAUCGCCGUGACCAAUGUGCGCUUCCUGGUGGCUCUGCAGCGCCUUCUGGAGGAAGUGAACGCGCAGAAGCCGAAUGUGGUUCCCAUGUACCUUAGCUGGUACACGCUCCGCAGGCUCGCAUGGACCGUCGCACCGGAUGCUCCCGAGCUGAGGCUGUCGAGCGAACCGGAACACGAGUACCGCUGCUUCAGCGCGGUUCACGAGCUCAUGCCGCUGGCGGCAGGCAAGCCGUUCGCGGACGAGGCCGCCUGGGACCUGGCCCUCAUCGAUGAGCUCUUCGAGGCCUCGAAACGAUCGUACCGGGAGCGCAUCGGCCGCAGCACGUGGAUGGACGAAGCGGCGCGCCGAUUCGCCGACGACAAGAUACGCCUGGUGCAGGGUGUCGUUCCCGCGCCGGAGCUCAUCUGGAAUGCGAGCGCGUUUGAACGCAUCUACGACUGCGUACCGCAGAGCCGAGAGAUGUUCUUCUUGCCGUCCCUGUUGGAGACCAGGCGUUGCAAGCAGCGACUGCUUCUCAUCACGGCGGCGAGUGGGCAGACCACGGCGGAGACGAUCACGUGGACGUCCCCCGCGGUCUACCUGGUGCGCUACCUGGACAUCUACAACAGCGUCGCCAUCAUGGGCUCCGUGCUCUAUCCUCCCGUGCUUCAGGUGUCCGGCGAUCACCGCGACGUGUUCAACUACGCCGGACUGGCGUUCCUCUUCUCCCGGCUUCUCUUCGGAGCCAUCGACCAGCGGGGAAGCCUUCGCGACAGCACCGGUUCGCCGAGACCCUGGUGGAGCAACGCGACUCGCGAGGGCUACUCGCGGGCCGUCCGAUGCUUCGAAGACCUGUACCAGUUCGACGCCUGGUACAUUGGCGACGACAUCGGCGCCGCAGUGGCCACCUCUGUCGCGUUCGCCGCGUACGAGCAGCGCCUCCGAGACCUGUACGCACGGAACUCGGGUCUCUGGGCGGGGCUCCGGUGGCUGUCGUGGCCUCGGUGGCUGAGACGGGCUCGCCGGAACGAGUUCCCCGACGACAGGGCGUUCUUCAUGAACCACUGCCUCCUGUUGUGCUCGCGCAGGGCCUCGCGGCUGUACUCGGACGGGUGGAUUCCGGCCGAGCAGAAGUGCAACUUGCCGCUGAAGAACAGCCCGGACUUCUGGCGUGCCUUCGGGUGCAGAGAAGGAGACGCGAUGAGGGCCGAGAAGUCUUGCGAGUUGAUUUGAUUCGCGCGACCGCGUUGUGCCCGCCGCGUUCCACAUUCCAGUAUUCCGUCUGUUGAAGUGCUUAGAGCUCUCGUCUAGCCUUUUGCAUGCGCACGCACACAAAAAGAAAGAAUAAUAAUAGCGUCUUAUUUUGAG